AUGCCAAGCGCGGCGAAGCACGCCUAUCAGCACAAGAGGGUCCCCUGCUACCAUCGUCCACCGCAAACAAUCGAACACGCCCCAGGCAGCCCACAGAACCCUCGUCCAAAAUCGGCUGCAGCUCCCCGACCAUGCCACAAAAGCCUGGACCCAAGCCCACACCGGAGCAACAGACACCGCAGGCCCCGGGUCAGCAAACGCAGCCGCACCAACGUCCACAGCAUCGGAGGAGAAGUACACCGCAGGAAGAUCCAAACCAGCCCGGUGAGUGGGCAAAGCUAA